AUGGCUCAAGCCCUUCGUCCUGAGAGAAACAAUAAGAGAGCCAAGUGCAGGCUUCCGCCAGGUCCUACUCCUUUGCCGAUCAUCGGAAACAUCCUCCAACUGGGCAAACAGCCACACAAGUCCUUGUCCAAACUUGCAGAGAUUCAUGGCCCUAUCAUGAGCUUGAAACUCGGCCAGAUGACCACCAUUAUCGUUUCUUCCGUAGAAAUGGCCAAACAAGUCUUGCAGACCCGCGAUCACCUCUUGUCCAACCGUAGUGUUCCGCAUGCCAUGACGGGUCAAAAUCACCAUGAGUUCAGUUUGCCUUUCAUGGCCACUACGCCUCGUUGGCGAUUCCUGAGGAAAAUAUGUAAUAAUCUGUUGUUCUCCGGUAAGAUUCUUGAUACCACUCAGAAACGUAGGCGCGAGAAAAUGCAGGAGUUUCUCGCUCGUAUUUAUCAGAGCAGCCUAACCGGUGAAGCAAUGGAGAUCGGAAGAUCUGCUUUCAUGACUAUAGUAAAUAUGUUGUCAAACUCUAUUUGUUCUCUGGAUUUGGUUCACUUCAAUACAGUGAACGAGUUCAAAGAGUUAGAGUCGGACGUCAUGGAAGAUGUUGGAAGACCAAACUUGGCAGAUUAUUUUCCUGUUUUGAAGUUGGCGGACCCACUGGGCAUCAAAAGACGUGUGGAUGUUCACUUUGGGAAGAUGUUGAAGAUAACUCAUGGCCUGGUUAAACAUAGGUUACAGAUGAGACAAGAAACAACUUAUGGCGCCGACAGAGACAUGUUGGAUGGCCUCCUCCGCAUUUCUGAGGAAAACAGCCGCCAACUAAACGAUACCAUGAUCGAACGUUUGUUAAUGGAUCUCUUUCUCGCAGGGUCAGAUACAACUACAUCUACAUUGGAAUGGGCAAUGACGGAGUUAGUGAGAAACCCAGAAGCUAUGUCAAAAGCAAAAGCAGAGCUAGGGAAUACAGUAGGCAAAGGAAACCUGGUAGAGGAAAGUGACAUGGAUAGACUCCCAUACUUACAAUCAGUACUGAAGGAGAGCUUUCGCUUACACCCUGUAGUUCCAUUUCUACUGCCUCGGAGAGCAGACGUAGACGUAGAAAUAUGUGGGUAUGUUAUCCCAAAGGGGGCACAAGUUUUGGUGAAUAUUUGGGCUAUUGGGAGGGAUCCGAGCAUAUGGGACGAACCGAAUGUAUUCAGGGCUGAGAGAUUUCUGGGAUCGGAAAUUGACGUCAAAGGUCGACACUUUGAGCUGAUACCAUUUGGUGCAGGGCGUCGAAUAUGUCCUGGGUUGGCCUUGGCGAUGAAGAUGCUGGUUCUUAUCUUGGGCUCGCUUAUUAACUCGUUUGACUGGAAGCUUGAAGAUGGCAUGGUCCCUGAGGAUAUGGAUAUGGAAGAUAAAUUUGGCAUAGCCAUGGAAAAGGCUCAACCCCUGCGAGCCGUUCCUGUUAGCUUAAGGAAUUAG